AUGAAGCUUGUAGGGUCACUAAAAAAGAGAUGCGAGAAGUGCUAUUUCGUGAGAAGAGGCAAAAGGUUGUUUGUGAAGUGCGAGUCUAAUCCAAGACACAAGCAGAGACAAGGGAGAGCAUUUGGCACAUUUGAUAACACGUUUAAUGGGGCUCUUGACAGCACAUUUAAUGGCACAUUUCAGAAUAAUGACUUGGCUUUUCAAUAUCAUCUUCACGGAAUUUUCGGAAUCCAGAUGGCACUUAUGAACAACUUCUAUUUCAACUAUAGGUAAAGUGAUCUUUUGGUUUGGGCUUCCAAUUUCGCCGCGAUAAAAGGGGAGGUGGACAAUCCAACUCCAAAAAGUGGCAUAAAUCCUGAAGGAUGAGGUUAUGCCAUUUGGGAGUUUGUUUGACCAACAAAGUUGGACGGAUCAACUCUCCUUUUACUGCAGGGAAAAUUUAGAAGCCCGAAUCAAAAGAGGGCCCGGACUAUAUACUAAUUGACCAAGAAUAGCCCACUAAGGAGCCAUUCUUGGUCUGCCAGAAAAAAAUUUUGACAAAAAGAUCCUAAUCCGCCAUUACCACUGAGUUUUGGUGUUUCCAAAUUUUUUGGGCAAGCCAAAUGCAAUAAAAAAAAUUGUUCUUUUGCGAUGAUGCAAAACUCAAUGUAAUGGCGGAUUAGGAUCUUUUCUGCCAUUACCACUGAGUUUUGAUGUUGCCAAAUUUUUUUGACAAGCCAAAAUGCAUCAUCGCAAAAGAACAAUUUUUUUUAUUGCAUUUGGCUUUCCCAAAAAAUUUGGAAACACCAAAACUCAGUGGUAAUGGCAGAUUAGGAUCUUUUGUCAAAAUUUUUCUGGCAGACCAAGAAUGGCUCCUUAGUGGGCUAUUCUUGGUCAAUUAGUAUAUAUAAGGCAGAAGGAUUUAUUUUAG